CACUUUUCCCUUUGGCUUCAUACCUGAUUGCUGGGAAUGCUGCCCUGUGUAUACUUUCCUGCACUGAGAGCCACAUUCUAGACCAUUCGGUACUGCACAGAACAUUUAACAUACUGCCCCAACAGCUGCUUUUAUUUUAAAGGGCAUGCUUGCUAAAUUUCGGCUACAGGAUACAUGCAGCUGUGAAGAAAAAAAAAAAAUAAGGGACCUUAUCCCAGGACUGUGAGGAGAAAGCAAGGUAAAAAAGGAAGCAAGGGAAACUGGAGUGAGUUUGGCGGGAGUUCUGUACGGGACAGGUCGAUGAGAAAUCCACAGGAGGGCUUCUUGCGCCAAGUGGAAGGUGCUGUGUUCCUUAAACCCUGUCGUGUACGCAUGCGUAUUCAUUCAUGGAACUGAUGUGAACACAGACGGCGGGCACCACAUCUGCCUCAGGUGGCAUAAGGAAGGUCAGGGUGGGGCUCUCUGGUGUCGGGCUCCCAGGGGAGGAGAGCCCCACCGAGCAAAGACUAAUUGAUUGCCGUGGCGUCAGGUAGGGGGCGCUGUUUCCCGCGUAUCCCGCAGACCCUGAGUCGCCCCCCUCUGGACGGCCUUCAAGGAGACGGAGACCGUGGGACUGGCGGGAACUGGAAUGUUCCAGAAGGAGCACCAGAGGCGCCCUGUAGGGGGCAGUGUGGGGAGAGCGAUCCCCACCCCCACCCCCACCCCCGAGGAGAGCCCGCUGAAUCUCAGACCUCACCGGGGGCCAGUCAGAUGCCGGGCCUCAUGGACACGCGGAAGCACGGACAGCUGAGGAAGACCAGGCGCCCUCUGGAGAUGGUGGUCCUCCUGGUCCUACUCACCGCCAUAGGCUUACCGCUGACCAACCAAACUUCUAUCAACUGUCACGUCUGUGAGCAAGAGAACAGCUUUAACUGCACGAAUCCACAGACGUGUCCUGAUACGAAAAAGUACUGUGUGAUGGUUGCCAUUCAACUAUUUGAACGUUUCUACAUUUCAUCAAAACAGUGCACCAGAAACUGUCCAGUCACUCCAUAUUUCCCUUCUGCCCCUGAGGGAAGUUCUAAUCCUGCAGCGCCCCAGCCUAAGAACUUUGUGGUCGAAAAACCCUUGCCCUUCUUAUAUUCAAAGUGCUGUAAGUGGGACUUGUGUAACCAGUAUGGGCCAGACCUCUUAUAUUAUUACAAGGAGCAGCCUGGGAAAGCCAGUGAGAGAAGACACAGAUACACUGAGCUGUUCCUGCCUGGCUUCAUGGUCCUUAUUGCUACCGGGCUCACAGCCCUCAGCCUGCAGUAAGUAAGCUACAGAUGGACCUGGAGCAUGCCUUGUGGGGCAUGAAUUUCCCGUACCCUGCUGGACCCUUCUAAUUAAAUUUGUUUCCCUUUGUUA